AGCUCAAAACGAUGGAAAGAAAGAACCCAUGCAAUUACGAUGCAUAUUUGCAAAGACAUGGCACCAGUUUACACUGUGGAAAAGAAGGGUUUUCGAGACCUAAUCAAAACCCUUGAUCCGCGCUAUGUAAUGCUGAGCCGCAAGCACUUUAGCAAAGUUGCGUUGCCAACAACGUACAGAGAAUGCCGACUGAGAAUUGAACAGGAGCUCAGUAAUGUUGAAUACUUUGGAACGACAACAGAUUUGUGGACGAGCCGCACUACGCAGCCGUAUAUGAGCCUGACAGUCCACUUCAUCAAAGACUGGUCACUGUACAGUAGGUGUCUACAGACAUCCUACUUUCCAGAAGAUCACACUGGAGAGAUGAUAGCGCAAAGUCUAAAGGAAGCGCUUCAGUCAUGGGGAUUGCAAGAGGAGCACCAAGUCUGUGUCACCACAGAUAAUGCCACAAACAACAUCAGAGCGCUGCAACUAAAUGACUGGACGAGGUUACAGUGUUUUGGCCACCGUCUUCAUUUAGCAAUCGAGAGAGGUGUGAAGGUGCCCCAGGUUGAUCGUGCAUUUGAGGUCUGCAAGAAAGUAGUUAGUGCUUUCACAAACACCUGGAAAAGACAGCGUGAACUGGCUAACGCUCAGACACAGCUAGGCUUGCCUGCUCAUAAACUCAUCACAGAGACUCCGACAAGAUGGGCCUCCAAACAAAAAAUGAUCGAAAGGGUCUUAGAGCAGGAGAAAGCUCUAACACAAGUCCUGCAAGCUGACAAAAAGACCAGACAUUUAGCUCUAACAUGGCAGGAUGUUGAUGUUCUCGAAUCCGUGAACAAAGCAUUAAGCCCUCUUGUGGAGUUCACUGAUGCCUUAUCUGGGGAACAAUACGUUAGUGUUUCAUACGUGAAACCUGUGCUUCAUCUUUUCAGUGAGCAGGUUCUUAAGCCACAGGAUGAUGAUACCCAGCUAACCAAGGGCAUCAAAAAGAGCAUUCUUGACUAUCUGAAUGAGAAAUAUGCAGAGCAAUCAACCCAGGAGCUGCUUGACAUGGCAUCCCUUCUCGAUCCUCGCUUUAAAACCACAUACAUACACGAGAGAGUCGACAACAUGAAGGUAAAAGCAGCAGCAGAGAUGGAGAGUCUUGCAGCUAAACAAUCAAAGUCUGCUGAGGGAGUCUCUGUGCCACAAGUCGAAGCUGCUGAGGAGUCAGAGCUUCCUGCUAAGAAACAGAAGAAGAGUUUGGGCAGCUUCUUCAAAAUCACGUCACGUAAUCGCCUGGCAAAAAAAUACCGCUGCAUCCCUGCCACAAGUGCCCCAUCCGAGCGGGCUUUUAGCACAAGUGGGAAUAUUGUCACAUGCCACAGAUCAUCACUGAAACCUGAGAUGGUAGACCAGCUUGUUUUCCUUGCACACAAUUUGUAA